GCGCGGGAGGACCCCCGCGCUUCUCUUAACGCCCUGCCUCUCUCUCUCUUUUUUCCUUGCAUUUCUUCGCUUGGUGAGAAAAUACCUACGGGGCACAGUUGUAAGUUGUGGAUUUUUGUCCUGUCUGCCCCACCCACCCCACCACUUUUAUUUUUUAAACUGGAGCAGGGAAUGGGCUCGAAUAGUCAACAGAUCCUUCCCUUCUCACUGCCUCUUAUUCAGAAAAGCUCCUGUAAUUGCAGGUCUCCCCGAAGACUGCUACCUCCUUCCACCACCUCCCCCUUCCCCUCUUUUGGUGGUGUACGGACAAGGAAAUCUUUGCACCCACUAACCCCUCCCAACAGCCAAGUCCCUGAUCCUGCUGGAAAGCCCUCUUCCUCACUUCUGUUCUCCAUCAGUCUUAACUCAUUUCUGAAAAAGGCUGGGUAUUCAAAAAUACAGUUGGGCUCCUUCAAGUACUCCGGAGUGAGGGCGAGGGUUGCCUCUGGGAAUCAGGUGCGAAGGUCAGGAAGGAAGGGGCCGGCCUUGAUUGGCUUCUGCUGCUGCUUGUGUGCUCUGCGCGUUUCCUGUAAGGGUCGGGGCAGAAGCCUGUACUGCCUCUGAGGAGCUCCUUGAGGGUCUUGGGGUACCUGGUGCAAGGAGACCGGCAGAGAGAAGUGGGAGAAAGAGACAUCACUUGGGCUCCUGGGUGGUUCUGGAAGCAGAAAAACAACCUGCUUCUAAAGCAGCCAGACUGGUUUGCUCUGGAGGGAUUGUGCCUGUGUUUCUGUGCCUAUAAAUACCAGAGAGGUACUGGUGGGGUAUCUGCCCUGGGCAUCGGCUCCCCACCCCCUCAGUCUCUUUGAGCCUGCAGGGUCAACACCCAGGCUUUUCUCUGCAACCUGAAGCCCACCUUGGUCAGCGUCUGUGAAAUCUCUAGCCAAGUCGUUCACAGCAAGAGUUGCUCCAUAAAGUGGUGGCCUUGGCCUCUAGAAGCCCUCCAGGCAGCAGGGGCUGGGGUGGGCUUCCAGGGUGCACCCAGCUGGAGAAUGUAAUGGAAACUGGCUGUCUUUUGGAUCUGAAGAGGGACACCUAGUUCAAAGUGAAUCCUCAUACCUGAAGUUCCGGGUAGAUAUGCCUGGCUCGGGCAGUGCCUUCAUCCCCACCAUCAACGCCAUCACCACCAGCCAGGACCUGCAGUGGAUGGUGCAGCCCACAGUGAUCACCUCCAUGUCCAGCCCCUACCAGCGCUCGCACCCCUACAGCCCGCUGCCUGGCCUAGGCUCUGUCCCUGCGCACAUGGCCCUCCCAAGACCUGGCGUGAUCAAGACCAUUGGCACCACCGUGGGCCGCAGGAGGAGAGAUGAGCAGCUGUCUCCCGAGGAGGAGGAGAAGCGUCGGAUCCGGAGGGAGAGGAACAAACUGGCCGCUGCCAAGUGCCGGAACCGCCGCCGGGAGCUGACCGAGAAGCUGCAGGCGGAGACAGAGGAGCUGGAGGAGGAGAAGUCAGGCCUGCAGAAGGAGAUCGCUGAGCUACAGAAGGAAAAGGAGAAGCUGGAGUUCAUGUUGGUGGCCCACGGCCCUGUGUGCAAGAUCAGCCCUGAGGAGCGCCGAUCGCCUCCAGCCCCCGGGCUGCAGCCCAUGCGCAGUGGGGGCAGUGCGGUGGGCGCUGUGGUAGUGAAACAGGAGCCCUUAGAAGAGGACAGCCCCUCGUCCUCAUCAGCAGGGCUGGACAAGGCCCAGCGCUCCGUCAUCAAGCCCAUCAGCAUUGCCGGGGGCUUCUAUGGGGAGGAGCCUCUGCACACCCCCAUCGUGGUGACCUCCACGCCUGCCAUCACUCCGGGCACCUCGAACCUCGUCUUCACCUACCCCAGUGUCCUGGAGCAGGAGUCGCCCGCGUCACCCUCCGAGUCCUGCUCCAAGGCUCACCGCAGAAGCAGUAGCAGCGGGGACCAGUCGUCAGACUCCUUGAACUCCCCCACUCUGCUGGCUCUGUAACCUGUGCUCUCCUCCCCAGCUCUGGAGGGGUCCUCGGCACUGCCUCCUCCCAGGGACCAGCACCUUCAAGAGCUCCAGAGCCCUGAGGGCCAGAGGAAGCCCUGCCAGGGAGCUUCCGGGCUCUGGGGGACCCAGGUGGGACUUGGCAGUGAGGCUUUAGAAGACUCGGGUUGAUCCUUGUAAGCCAUGGGACCUCCUCCCUUGCUCGUCUUGCAGAGAGUUCUCCUCCUCGAAAGCCAAGGAGAGCUUGGUUUGGCAGACGGGACCUGUCUCUGGCUUCUGAAGAGCCUGGAGCUUCCCAGAUGGUCCUGCCCCUUUGUUACCUGUUGUCUCUGGAGUGAUGCUGUCCUCCCCACCCCACCAAGCAUGCUCAGUGCCUUUUGGUUCACCUUCCCUCGACGUGCCCCCUCCCUCCCACAGUGUCAGUCUCACUCCCUCUUGGUUUUUAUCAAAUUUGCCAUGACAUUUCAUCAGGGUGGUCUGGAUAUUAAAGCUCUUCAUUUCUGGAGGCAUGGCAGCAGGUGACUCUUCCACGGGGGCUGACUUGUCCAGAAGGGGACAAAGUGCAAUACAGAACCUUCCCUCCAGGGGUACUCCCCAGUGCACCACUGCCUCCAGACCUCUCAAGCAGGGGCCAACCUCACUGGGAGUCUUGAAAGAACUUUCCUCUGCACCCUCGGAGGUGGCUUGGGACGACCGGCCUGACCAGAAGAGGGGGUGUGAGACAGCCAGGGCACGGGCGGGGGGGGGGGGGGUUGCCAAACACCUAAUUAUCAGGCCAGGGGUAGUGCCGACAAAGCCACCUGGGUGUCCUAGCCAGCUUCCCUUCACCUGGUGUCUUGAGCAGGGUGUCUCCUGUAAUUACUGCCUCACCAUUCUGCCCCUGGACCCUUCUCUCCAGACCAGGGAGGCGUCCCUCCCAGGAACCACACAUCACUCCAAGGCCCUGCUGGGCUCCACCCUUCCCUGGCUCUCAGGGUGACGCCACCCACGGAGAUUUAAUGAGCGUGGGCCUGGACCCUCCCCAAGGGAGGCUCCUCUCCAAGCCUCAAAGGAUGGAAGAGCCAGGCAGGAAGGAGGAUGGGGGUGGUGUCUGCAGCAGCAGCUGCCACUGCCCCAGUGCCCAACCUUCCCUGCUGUGGCCCUGCAGCAUAGGCCCUGUCUGCCCUCUGUGGUCAUCUGCCAUCUGGUGGCUCCAGUGCUUUCUCUUUCAUGCUCCCCCUGCCCCAUCCCGGGGUGCUCUUCUGGCCCAAUUGACAAGCUGUGAGCAGCUGGCCCAUGAGCUUUUGCUUGGGGCUCGUGUGCCAUUUCUAGUUGUUGAAUCUUUCCAGCGGCUGAAAUUGGAGCUAGGAUGUGUUGCUUUCCACCGCAGGAGAGCUGCCCCCUCCCACGGGUCCCCUGGCCUCCACCCCUCUCAGCUUUUUCUCCCCAGAGCAUGUGACACAUGUCCUUGGGAAGCAGCUUCUGGUCAGAACUGGCCUCUGUGGAGCUGAUACUCUGAGGGAGUCUCACUGUUGGUGACUCAGCUCCAGAGAGAUCAGUGUCCAUCCAUUCAAAACGAUGUCAAUGCUACUUAAAUCCAGUGGCAGUUACAUUUCUGAGUCCGACUCUGGAGAGAGCAGGAACAGCUUUACAGACCGGUUCCUAUUAUACCUGAGGUCACAGGUGUUGGCCAUUAUUUAAUUCCACCCCCAACUCCCCCUUGAUGCCCUAGACACGCACGAUGGAAGAGACUUAGGCUGAAGAUACGCGGCCCAGCAGGACCAGAAGGAACGUGCACAGGGGUCAGCCACAGAGAGAGGAGAUGAAAAGGAUUUUGUUUAAACACUUUAAACGUGUUCUUUCCCAUGUUCCCUGGCAGUGACGCUGUGCUCUGGUUUCCCAGGGUCUUUGGGAAAGUGCUUCUAAGAAGAAAGGGCAGCGGUGUUUCUGGUCUUAGAUUAAUUAAUCAAAGAAGGAGGGCUAGCAGGCGAUGGCCGAGGAAGCUGGGUGCUCUCAGCUUGGAAAGGCUUUAUCAUCUCAACUCGUCUUGGGAGCCAAGUGGGAGCUUGUGCAUAUAGAUAUUUCUUAAAUGAAGCUGCUUUCUGGUCUUUUAUUUCUAAAAUCCCCUUUUGGCCCCAGUCUGUAUAGCAUGGACCCCAACACCGGUCAUGGUCUGUGACUUGGAGCCACGCUGGACGUUCCUGAGCCAGAGUUUGACUUCUGAUUUCAAGCUCUGCUGGCAUCGGAACCUGCAGGAGGCACAGCCCCAGGGACUUCAGAAGCCUAUGAGGUGUGACCUUCACGACUUUCUUGCUGUGUCUUAGGAGGUUGUUUGGCUUCCCCAAAGCCAGAGGUCUUUUGGGGAAGCCCGAACAUUCACUCCUGAGUCAUGAGCCUGUCCUAGGUUACUGCCUUCUGGCUUGCUCUCCAGGUUCACUCCUGCCCGCCACACACACGCACGCACUUGCUCUGGAACCACCAGACACCCAGCCUUUGCUCCCUCCGUGGCUCCAAACAAGGGGACAGCUGCAGCGGAGAUGCCUUUGUGCUCAGGAGAGGAACUGCUGGGCCUCCCCUUGUCUCCAGCCAGGAGGCAGCUGGUGUGGACCUGGGUGGGUCUGCAGGUGACUGGGAUGGCAUGUGGAGACACCCCUUGAGGGGCCAGUGUGAAACACACAGUCCUUGUGGCUGCCUGGUUGGCCUUUCUGGGAACGGUCCUGCCCCUGGCUGGGUUGAUGGGGACAGUUGCUGACCUAGGAAAGAGGAGAUGGUAGGUGAAGCUUAGGGAAUUGCUGGAGCCAACUCCAAGCUGAGAAGUCCCUGGGGAGGUUUUUCAGAAUGAGUGGAACGUUCUGUGUGGAGGCCAGGUGGGCCCGCUGAGGACAGUCGCACAGGCAUCUCAGAGCUGAGAGCCAUCAGAGCUGGCUGCUGCUUCUCUCUCCAGCUUUGGGGAGAGGAAUCUCCCUCUGCUCCUGAUGGACUCCAGUGGAAGUGGGAGACAACUCUGGAGCCUUGGGGGGUUUUCUCCAGACCCACAAUGCACCUUGCUAUCUCGCCACGUAACUUCCUUCCCUGAUCAGACAUCCCAGGCCCCUUUAGGGACAGAAAGAAUAAAUACCUACUAUGUGCCAGGCACUGUUAGGCACUUUUCUAUUUAUCCUCUUUGAAACGAGGGCAUCCCAUAUAAAGGGCCCCCAAAUGAUGGCUAAAAAGAAACAGUUGGAGGUGAGAAGUUUCCAAAGAACGAGUAAGAUCGGCUUCAGUCUGAUGUUUGUUCUCAAAGACCCACCCCCCAGAGCAUCUGCCCACCUCCAGACCCUCCUUCUCCUUGGCCUGUGCUCAUCUGCACCCCUCAGAUGUCUGGAGGGGUAACCGAGUCCCUGCAGAGUUGUGGGCCCAUAGAAUAUGUGCUGUGCAUAACUUUCUUUUCGAAACUUAGGUCAAGGGGUCUUACUGCAUUCUGCUUAUUGAUUCUUCUUGGCAUUCAUCUUAAAAGCCAGCAUCUCACUAUUUAUUGACAGGUUGUGGAGUGCGCGUGUGUGAGAGAGAGAGAGUGUGUGUGUGUGUGUGUGUGCACGCAUGUGUGCGUACAUAUUUCCAGGAGUGCCUGAGUCCUCCUGCAGCUAUUUAGAAGGAAACCCAGUCACCCCACUACUAAUUUGGCAUCUUCUCGUGCUUCUAGUGUCUUGGCCAUGCAUCAACAAAGCGUUUUAAUAGCUGACGACAUGUUCCGGAGGGGCUGAGUCAAAUUUUGACAGGGGUGGGGACAUGGAAAGGGAGGGGGAGAAGAAAUUGACACUUAUUUUAUUAUUUAUUUUAAAUGUUUACAUCUUCUUUGUGUUGUACUAAGCCUGAAUAGAAACGGAUAGCAUUAAAAUACUCAAUUCCUCUCUCUCUCUCUCUCUCUCUCCCUUUUUUUUUUAAACUUAGGAUAAUGAUGCUUUUUUGUUUCUAAAGUGAUUUGUGACUUGUGCUGUAUAAACUGUAUAAAAAGGUUCUGUUUUUAAAGAUGGAUUGUCAUUCCUCUGGGACAGUAGCUGCCAAGAAAUCUAUAUUGUAAGAGAACACAAUGAUAGAUCCAGCCCUGUCCCUCAAAAUUACUUUCUCUGUAUUAUUAAAAACCUAUUCCAUUUAUUUUACUUUGUGGUUACUUGAUUUUGAGGAGAAAAAUAUUCGACUGUGUAUAAAGAGUAGGUAUCAGGGUGUCUUUUUUUUUUUUUUUUUGCAGUGGGAGAUGUAUAUAUAGUAUUUUGGUAUUUAGUGGAAACUCAUGAGCUCUGUGCAUCUGUAUUUGAGAUAUGUCAAUGAGGUGGAGUGAAGUCUUCUACUAGACCCUGGAGGCAAACAAGUCGUACAAGGUUUUUGUCACUCUAUGGGGGAACUUAAUGACCUUUCUGGAUAUCUUUUUCUGUUUUUUCAGUAAUGGUGAAAUGGUCCCCAUUGGAGGAUCUCGUACAUUGACCUCUCUAGGCAGGACCCUGAACUCAAAAAAUCUUUGUAUAGUUUUGAAAAUUGAGGAGUAUCUGUGCUCUGAAGCAUCUCUGGUGUGUUCGUUGCUGUUGUUAUUUUGUCCUGUUGUCUUACUGUAUGUGACACAAGCCUACAGUAUUUGCACUAAAGAAAGCUUGUUAGAAAAAGCUUGCUGCUAUGGAAGAAAGAACAUAUUACAACUUUUUUUCCCUUGCGGUUAUUUUUUGUUGUUAGCUUUUCCACUUUCCGUUGAGUAGCAUUUUGUAGAAUAAAAUGAAUUAAGAUUGAA